CCCUGCAUAACGCUUCUGCCCGCGCCGAGUGUCAACCCUAUCGGCCCGGCAUUUCGAGCGGAAUUUGCGAAUUUUUUGUUUAGCCACGAUUUAGCGCCUUAAAAUGCCGCGUGUAGUCAAGCCGAAAGUGGCUGCGCCGGCCAAAAAGGCUGUGCCGGCCAAAAAGGCCAAGAGCAAGAUGUACGCGAUGCCGGAGAAGGUUAAGGAGGGCACGGUUUUCACAGAUUUGGCAAAAGGCCAGUGGCGCAUAGGACCCUCAAUUGGAAUGGGAGGAUUCGGCGAGAUCUACGCUGCUUGCAAAGUCGGGGAGAAGAACUACGAUGCGGUGGUCAAAUGUGAGCCCCAUGGCAACGGUCCUCUUUUCGUGGAGAUGCACUUCUAUCUGCGCAAUGCCAAGCAGGACGACAUCAAACAGUUCAAACAGAAAAACGGCAUAAAGUCCCUGGGCAUGCCUUACAUCCUGGCCAACGGUUCCGUCGAGGUCAACGGAGAAAAACAUCGUUUUAUAGUAAUGCCGCGCUACGGCAGCGAUAUCUCUAAGUUUCUGGAACAAAAUGGAAAGCGACUCCCCGAGGGCACUGUAUACCGGCUGGCCAUACAGAUGCUGGACGUCUACCAGUUUAUGCACAGCACAGGCUACGUUCACGCCGAUCUCAAGGCGGCCAACAUACUGCUGGGCCUGGGAAAAGGCGGCGGAGCACAGGCUUACUUGGUUGACUUCGGCUUAGCCUCUCAUUUCGUCACAGGGGACUUUAAGCCGGACCCCAAGAAAAUGCACAACGGUACUAUAGAGUACACAUCGAGGGAUGCCCACUUGGGGGUUCCCACUAGGCGGUCUGAUCUGGAGAUUCUCGGCUACAAUCUCAUUGAAUGGCUGGGUGUGGAGCUACCCUGGGUAACGCAGAAACUACUGGCUGUCCCGGUUAAAGUUCAAAAAGCGAAGGAAGCAUUUAUGGAUAAUGUAGGAGAGAGUCUUAAGCAGCUGUUUCCUAAAGGAGUACCCGCUGCCAUAGGGGAUUUCAUGAAGUAUGUCUCAAAAUUAACGCAUAACCAAGAGCCAGACUACGACAAGUGCCGCAGUUGGUUCGCAAAUGCCCUCAAACAGUUGAAAAUUCCAAACAGUGGGGAUCUGGAAUUCAAGAUUAAACCACAGACUAGCAGCAACAAUAACCACAGUCCACCCGGAACGAGCAAGGCAGCUGCAGCAAAAAGAGGAAAGAAAAUAGAAUCUCCUGCAUUGAAUUCUUCCAUAGAGGAGGAAAUCUCUGCCAGCGACGAAGAGGAGCAGGAGGAGAAAGUACCACGCAAGAAGGCAGCUAAGAAGCUGUCACCGACAGCCCGAAAUGUUAAAGUUUCGCCCAUGAAGCGAUCCGCUCCUGCUGCAGCCGCAGAAAGUACUCCACCCAGCAAAAAGCGGGUGAAGACGGAGCCAAAAUCCACUCCCAAGCUAAAAGGCACACCCAAGGCUAGUCCCAAGCCACACACGCCGACUCCUGCGAGAGUAAGGACACCUAAUGUCAGUGCGAAGAUCAAUUUCAGUCCGGCCAUUUCCCUGCGUGGACGACCUGGUGGCAAAACUGUGGUCAACGAUGAUUUGACCCCGCAGCCACGUUCCAACAAAACCUACGAGUUCAACUUUGAGCUGGACGUGAGCAUGGACGCCAACGUGAUUGUGAACGUCAAACGCAAAAAGAAGGCAGACAAGGAUAAGGCAGCAAUGGUGGAAUCGAAGACACCCUCAUCCCGCAGCCUGGCCAGUUCGAAGGAGGACGGCACUCCCGUGACGCGGGUAAACCUGCGCAAGAUGAAUGGGGAUGACGGCGACUCGACCUCUUCUGGUCGUAGUCCACGUACUCCCGCCGUCACCGUGCGCAAGUACCAGCGAUAGGUGCAGACUUUUUGUUUUCUAUAUUUUUAAAUUAAUAACCCUUUGAAUAAAACACACUUAAUUAUUUUCCAACGUUUACUUAAA